AAUACCGUAACGAGAAAUGGUGUCACUAGUACUCAUUUCAUAACCUAUGAGCAUAACACUUUGUAUUACCACAAUAAUUUAUAAAUUAUAAUAGUUUCUAAUAAUUAAUUCUGGUUAAUCAAAUGUUUGUUUUAUUUUUUUUAUAUAGAAAUUUAUAAUAAAUUUUAAUCAGGAGUUUGAUAAUUUAAAUGUGCAUAUAAAAACUGUUUGCUGUACAAAUAAAUUAGAAAAAUGGGUGGCGGGGAUCUGAAUUUGAAGAAAUCAUGGCAUCCAUCUACCAUGAAGAAUAUGGAAAAAGUAUGGAAAGCAGAACAAGAGAAAAAUCAAGAGAAGAAAAGAAUAGCAGAAUUGAAAAGAGAAAUAGCUAUGGAAAGAGACCGAGAAGACAUGACAAAAUAUGCUAUGGAGCAAGGCGUUAUAGAAAAGAAAGACGAUAAGAAAUUAGAUUGGAUGUAUAAGGGUCCGAACGAUAUGGUGAAUAGAGAAGAUUAUUUACUUGGCCGUCCGAUUGACAAAUCAUUUGAGCAAGUAGCGCAAGCCCAGAAAGAUGCAGAUUUAAACCGAGCACCAAAGAAUCAUGUUGAAUAUGAAUGUAUUCCACCUUCUUUACGAUUUUUCUCUGGAAACGAGCAAGUUGAUCUAGCAAGAAAAAUGCAAGAAGAUCCAUUGUAUGCGAUAAAAAAGAAGGAAACUGAAACACGAAGUCAGUUGUUGAAGAAUCCGGUUAAGUUAAAGAAACUUAAAGAAUUGUUGGAGCAACAGGCAAAGAAAAAGGAGACGAAGAAAAAGAGCAAAAAGAAAAAAUCAUCUAACAGCACGGAUAACAGCGACGACGAAACUGAAUUAGAUAAUUUGUUAGCAGAAAAGUACAAAAAGUUGAAAGAUAAGAUUAGUGAGAAAGAUUUGAUAAAAUCUAUGAAAAAAAUUAAACACAAGAAGAAGAAAAAGAAGAAGAAGAAGUCUAAAAAAGUUAGUAGUGAUUCUGACAGUGACACUGACAGUGACGCAGAAAGUAACAGUAGCGAUGAUGAUAGUAGUAGUAGCAGUAGUAGUGCCAAUGAAUUAGUUAAACGUAAAAAAAGGAAACGAAAUCACACACACAAAAAGAGAAGUAGUAGUAAUGAUAGUGGUACAACACACAGAAAGAAAAAUAAGAAGAAAGAUAAUGAAAAAAAAGAAAAACACAAAAAAUCAAGCAAAAGUGACGAAGAAGAUACUCAAAAAUUACUUAGUAAAAGUAACAAUAUUCAUAUUAUGAAAUCAGAUAGAACAUCAAACAGGGAAAGAAACCAUCCGUAUAGAAGAAAUGUAGUGCAUAGAGAUGGUAAUAAUUACAGAGACAACGAAAACAAUAGGAGAUACAAAGAAAAAUCCUAUGACGAAAAUAAUAAAAGAAAAUCCUAUCAUUCUUCCUUUAAUUUACCUCAAAAAAGGUUUAAUGAAGAUAGGAGAACUGAACAGAAAUGGGUUCCAAAGAAAAAACUUUCGGAAGAGGAAAAGGAAAAGCGUAGGCUGGAAAUGAUGGAAAAUGCAGAAUGGCGAAAUAAAGAACGAGAACGUAAUGUAAAACAGUAUCACGAACAAGAAAAGAAAGAGUUAUCUAACGAAAAAAUAUAUAACAAAGAUUUUAUUAGGAAGCAAUUGGUCGCAGCAGCUGAAAUUGGUACGGUUGCAUCGAGAAUUAAAUCUAAUAUAAACAACAUACAACGCUCUGGUCAAUCAAUGGAUACCAAUUUUGCUAAACGAUGAAUUAGUUAGUAAGUAUAAUAUUCGUUAUUACCCGUAAAGGGAAUUUGUGACACCAAUUUCUAUUAAGAUUCAAAAUCAAUUUUGGUCUGUGAUUGGAAUCUCUUCUCGGGAAUAUUGAAGAAAACUAUUGACUAAAAUUU